AUGGCCACCAACGGAAACGGAACGCAUGUUCCGCCCCGCACUAACGGGAAUGGAGCGCAUGUCCCUUCCCGUCCGGCGCCCCCUGCGGCGACCAUCCAGACCGAAGUCGUCAUCGUCGGAGCCGGGCCGGCCGGCGCAUCGCUGGCGUGCUUUCUCAGCAGCCACGGCAUCAAGGGACUCAUAGUGGCCGCGACCUCGACAACCGCUGAUACCCCCCGCGCCCACAUCACCAACAUGGCUGCCUUGGAAUGCUUGAGGGAUAUCGAUCUUGAAAAGAAAUGCACCCAGCUGGCUACCCAUGGCGACUCUAUGGUGCACUCACGCUGGUGCUACAGCAUGGCGGGCAGGGAGUAUGCCCGGAUACACUCGUGGGGUAACAGUCCAAAGCGAAAGGGGGAAUACGAGAAAUACAGCCCCUGCACGCCUGGCGAUCUCCCCCAGACUCUCCUGGAGCCGGAACUGGUUCGUCACGCUACCUUGAACGGCUUCCAGAUUCGGUGGGAUACCGAGUACCAGUCCUUCCAGGAACGGGAUGACGGCGUAACCAUCACCGUCCUGGACAAGAUCACGGGCCUCAACUACGCCAUCGAGGCCAAGUAUCUCUUUGGCGCGGACGGCGCACGCUCCCGCAUAGUUUCACAGCUCGAGCUCCCGCUCACGCGGACCCCCGGAGGUGGUCUCGCCAUCAACGUCCAGGUCAAGGCCGACCUCACGCACCUCAUGAAGUAUCGAACCGGCAAUCUGCACUGGGUGAUGCAGCCGGACCGUGAGCACACCGACUUUUGCUUCUUCUCCGUGGUUAGGAUGGUCAAGCCGUGGACCGAGUGGAUGUUCAUCCUGUUCCCCGUCAAGGGUUACAUCAUGGAUCCCAAGCCGACCAUGGAGCAGUACCAGCAGAAUAUCCGCCAGCUCAUCGGCGACGACACGCCGUUUGAGAUCAUGCGUGUGAACACCUGGACGGUCAACGAGAUCGUGGCCGACAACUACCAGCGGGGCAGGAUUAUGUGUCUGGGUGACGCCGUGCACCGCCACCCUCCGUUCAACGGGCUCGGCUCUAACACGUGCAUCCAGGAUGCAUUCAACCUUGCUUGGAAGGUUGCAUAUGUGUUGCAAGGCAAGGCCGGGCCCGAGCUCUUGAAAACCUACACGCCGGAGCGGCAGCCAGUGGGAAAGGGAAUCGUCAAACGGGCCAACGAUGGGUUCCGGGACCACAAUCACAUCUUCAGCGCGAUAGGGCACAUUCUACCCACCCUCGAGGAGCGCAAGCAGGCCCUCGCUGAGCUGGCGUCAGACACGGACAAAGGUAGGAAGCGACGCGCGGACCUGCAGUGGGCGAUUGACAACUCGGAGCACGAGUUCCACGGCCUGGGGAUCGAGAUGAACCAGGACUACACGACGCUGCCGUCGACGGGCGUCUACACCGAGGACGAGGCGACGACGUUUGCCGACGUCUCGGAGCCGGCCAACCCGGACGUGGUGCUGUACCACUUCCCCUCGACCAGGCCGGGCCGCAGGCUGCCGCACGUCUGGAUCAACACGGCGGUGCCGGCCGACAUGGUCACGACCAUCGACCUCGCCGGCAAGGGCGGCUUCUCGCUCUUCACGGGCAUCGGUGGCGACGAGGCGUGGAAGAAGGCGGCCGCCGAGGUUUCCGAACUGCUCGGAGUGCCGAUCCGGGCCUACUCCAUCGGCAUCGGCCUCGAGUACGAGGACAUCUACUGCGACUGGGCCCGCGUCAGGGCCGUCGAGGAGUCGGGCUGCGUCUUGGCCAGGCCGGACCGCUUCGUCGCUUGGAGGUGUCGCAAGCUGAACAAGGACGGUGGCGAAGGUUGGGCCAAGAGCAAGCUGGAGACGGUAAUGAAGGCUGUGCUGUCGAGGUAG